UUGUGGUUAGUGCAUGACAGUCGUUUUUUGGUGACAUUCGUUGAUGGGCAACGAGUGAUACGAAUUGAUGAGUUAAUUAUCAAGUCAACGGUAUUACCGCAUUCUUCUUAUCAAAUCUUAAAAACAAAAAGAGGAAUAGAAAUUAAUAGAUGCUAAUAACCUUACGAGCACCGCAAGGUUUAUAACAAGUACAAAGACAAACGUGAGAGUCUGUAAUCGUUGCAGAUACAUUCCAGAAUUCAAUGCUAGGGAACACGAUGGAUUCCGGUAAACUCGUAAAGAUGGAAGUGGAUUAUAGCAGCAACUGCGACGUUAAGAUCCCAGAAUGCAAAAAAUUGGCUCAGGAGGGAAAGUUGCAUGACGCUUUAGACCAGUUGCUAGCUUUAGAAAAAUUGACACGAACAGGUGCUGAUAUGCUUUCCACGUCACGAAUAUUAGUAGCAAUUGUUGAAAUUUGCUUGGAAGCACGAAACUGGACAGCAUUGAAUGAACAUAUUGUUUUGUUGUCGAAAAGGCGGUCUCAGUUAAAACAAGCUGUUACAAAAAUGGUUCAAGAAUGUUGUACUUAUGUGGAUAAAAUGCCAGAUAAGGAGGCUAGAAUUAAAUUGAUAGAAACUUUGCGUACAGUGACAGAAGGAAAGAUCUAUGUGGAAGUCGAGAGAGCAAGGCUCACUCACCAAUUGGCAAAAAUCAAGGAAGAGGAUGGGGAUACAUCGGGUGCUGCUGCCGUUAUGCUUGAAUUACAGGUCGAAACAUACGGCAGUAUGUCGCGUUUGGAAAAAGCCUCCCUUAUCUUGGAGCAAAUGAGACUGUGCUUAGCAAAAGGGGACUUUAUGCGCACUCAAAUAAUAGCUAAAAAGAUCAAUAUCAAAUUUUUCAAGGACGAGGACGAGGACAUAGAUGCACAGGCUCUUAGAUUAAAAUAUUACGAUCUUAUGAUGGAAUUAGCUCGUCAUGAAGGUUGGCAUUUAGAAUUGUGCAGACAUAAUCGAGCUGUAUUGGAGACACCAACCAUUCGAGAUGAUCCAGAGAAAAGACAUACCGCUCUUUCACGAGCCGUUUUGUACCUUGUACUCGCCCCGCAUGAACCAGAACAGGCGGACUUGACUCACAGACUACUCGCGGAUAAACUUUUGGACGAGAUACCUACAUACAAAGAGUUGUUACGUCUCUUCGUGAACCCAGAAUUAAUAAAAUGGUCCGGACUUUGCGAAAUCUAUGAAAGGGAUCUUAGGGAAACCGAAGUUUUUAGCUCUGCAACACAAGAAGGUCGUAAACGAUGGGCCGAUCUCCGAAACCGAGUUGUAGAACAUAAUAUUAGGAUCAUGGCAAAGUAUUAUACAAAAAUCACGUUGACACGUAUGGCCGAAUUAUUAGAUUUACCAGCUAAAGAAACUGAAGCGUGUCUCUGCAAUUUAGUCGAAACCGGUGUAAUAAAUGCCCGUACAGAUCGACUGGCCGGCGUCGUUCGAUUCACUGGACCUCAAGAACCAGCUGCUUUACUAGACGCUUGGGCUGCUUCGUUAUCGAAAUUAAUGAGCCUUGUUAAUCAUACAACCCAUCUUAUUCAUCAAGAAGAAAUGUUGGCUGUUGCUCAAUCCUAACAGGUAUACUUUGUCUUUUUUCUUCCUCUUCUUUCAUCCCUGUAUCCUUGCCACCACCGUCCCCGUGUCAUAUUUUCAGUCGAUUUUUCUGUGUGCAAUUUGUAUGAUCUAAAAAAUCAUUUCUACGAAAGGAAUACUUAUUAAAAAUACGAAAUAUUAUUUAUAUACAUUUUGUAUUCGCUGUACAAUGAAACCGUUUAAAAGGCAUUUCUUGUCUUGUGAUUAACGCAUGUACCAGAUUGCAGCAAUAAACUGGUUGUACGAAACGUACAGUGCUUUUUAAUGGUUUCAGUAACACGCGACAUGGAAACAAUAAAAACAAGGUUUACGCCUG